CCGGGGGCGCUGCGGAGAGAGACUGGGUCAGGACGCGCAGUAGCAACGGCAGCGCAGCUAAAGCUUGGCUGGUCGGGACCGGAGCAAGAGUUCCUCAGCCGGCAGGAUGGUGGCGAUACAGAGUUACUGUGAGGGAAAUGAGUCCCUGGCACAAGCAUGGGCCCAGCAGGGCCUCUAUCCCUGUUUCUACUUCACACUGGUGCCCGCAGUGCUGUUCAGUGUCUGCCUCCUAUUGGGUGCCCUGCAGUACGCUUGUUAUGCCCGCUUCAGCCGUACCAUGGAGCCAAAGUAUAUCCCACGCUCCCGCCUGUACCACGUCCAAGUUCUCCUCUCUCUGCUCCUUGCACUGCUGCCCUUUGUCGCCUUCUUGUGGCAAGCAUUGGGCAUGCAGCAGCUCUAUGGGUAUAUGGUGCUGUACGCUUGCCUCUCUGCCGUGGGCUGGGCCGGCUCAGUUGGGCUGCUGCACUUGGAGCGCACCAGAGUGAUGGCGCAGGACCGGAUCCGAGGCCACGGCGCAAUCCUUCUCCUCUACUGGGCUCUGGCUUUUGCUGCAGAGAACCUGGCCUUAAUCUCUUGGAGCAGCCCACUCUGGUGGUGGGAGUUACAAGACACCGACCAGAAGGUCCAAUUCAGCCUGUGGUUACUCCGCUACAUCGGCACCUUCACCCUCUUCACUUUGGGGAUAAAGGCCCCAGGGCUGCCCCGAAAGCCUUACAUGCUGCUAAUUAAUGAGGAUGAGCGCGACGUGGAGAACAGUCAGCCCCUGCUUCCAGAUGCCAGACACCACGCUUCCACCUGGAGGGAUUUCGGCCAGAAGUUGCGCCUACUUAUACAGUACAUGUGGCCAAAGGGGAAUUGCCCGCUGCAGGGGCUGGUGAUCUUCUGCCUGAUGCUUAUGGGGCUGGAACGUGCCAUCAACGUCUUUGUGCCCAUCUUCUACAAGAAUAUUGUGAACGAGCUCACGGACGGGGUUGCUUGGCGUAUCCUCCUUCGGACUGUCUGCGUCUACGCGGCCCUCAAGUUCCUCCAGGGAGGAGGUGCUGGGUCCACUGGCUUCAUUAGCAACAUGCGCACCUUCCUCUGGAUCCGGGUGCAACAGUUCACCAGCCGCGAAAUCCAGGUGCAGCUCCUCAGGCACCUCCACAGCCUGUCUCUUCGCUGGCACCUGGAGCGCAAGACGGGCGAGGUGUUGCGCAGCGUUGACAGAGGCACGAGCAGCAUCAACAAUCUACUCAGCUACAUCGUCUUCAGCAUCUUCCCCACAGUGGCCGACAUCAUAAUUGCUAUUGUGUAUUUCACCUCAAUGUUCAGUGCCUGGUUCGGUCUCAUCAUCUUCCUCUGCAUGAGCCUCUACCUGGCGUUGACCAUUAUCAUGACCGAGUGGCGAACCAAGUACCGCCGGGAGAUGAACACUUGUGACAAUGCAGCCAGGUCUCGCGCAGUUGACUCGCUUCUCAACUUUGAGACGGUGAAAUAUUACAACGCUGAGAACUAUGAGGCCAGGCGCUUCAAUGAUGCUAUUGUCAAGUACCAGGUCUCAGAAUGGAAAGUCAACGCGUCGCUGGCACUGCUGAACCAAACGCAGAACCUGGUGAUCGGGUUGGGGCUGCUGAGCGGAUCCCUGCUGUGUGCAUACUAUGUGACCAAGAAGAAGCUCCAGGUGGGCGAUUAUGUUCUCUUUGGCACGUACAUCAUCCAGCUGUACACCCCACUGAACUGGUUUGGCACCUAUUACAGAAUGAUCCAAAGCUCAUUCGUUGACAUGGAGAACAUGUUUGAGCUCUUCAAUGAGGACCAGGAGGUAAAGGAUGAACCAGGUGCUGGGGAACUUCGGUUUCUGGCAGGACGCGUGGAGUUCGAAAAUGUCCAUUUCGGCUAUGUGGAAGGGAGGGAAAUCCUGCAUGACGUUUCCUUCACAGUGAUGCCUGGGCAGACCCUAGCGCUGGUGGGCCCCUCUGGCUCAGGGAAGAGCACCAUCAUUCGCCUGCUCUUCCGCUUCUACGACGUGUGGGGAGGCUGCAUCCGAAUCGACGGCCAGGACAUCUCCAAGGCAAAGCAGGUCUCUGUGCGUUCCCACAUCGGCGUGGUGCCUCAGGACACUGUCCUCUUCAACGAUACCAUUCGCAACAAUAUCCGCUACGGCCGUAUUGAUGCCACCAAUGAAGAGGUGGUGGAAGCAGCCAUCGCCGCCAACAUUCAUGAACGUAUCCUCACCUUCCCUGAUGGUUACGACACGCAGGUUGGCGAGCGGGGCCUGAAGCUGAGCGGUGGGGAGAAGCAGCGAGUCGCUAUCGCUCGCACCAUCCUAAAGAACCCCCAGAUCAUCUUCUUCGAUGAGGCGACAUCAGCGUUGGACACUAAGACCGAGAGAAAUAUCCAGGCGUCCCUGGCUAAAAUUUGCGCGAACCGCACCACCAUCAUUGUGGCUCACAGGUUGUCCACUGUGGUGAAGGCCGAUCAAAUCCUUGUCAUUCGGGAGGGCCGAGUGGUGGAGCGAGGAAGGCAUGACCAGCUGAUGAAGAAGGGCGGCAUGUACAACGAGAUGUGGUUGCAACAAGGGAGUGACAAGCCAGGUGGCUCGGAUCUAGAGAGCAAGGCCAGUGGUGAGUCCGAGUCUGAGCCCGAAAGCAAGGACAGCGGCGCUCUCUAUGAGUCGCAAGCGGCCAGCGAAAAGAGCGCUACCAGUGCCAAGUCUGCGUCCGAGGCUGCAGAGACUUCCAGCACCGCCGCUGAGAGCACUGCCGCCGAGAGCACCGCCACUUCUGAGUCAUAGCCAAGCCACGGGGAGAACGAUUAAGCAGCCUACAGAGAUGCUCAGCAGCUCCUGCCGGCUGUGGCUUGAAGCCAACGAGGCAGGAACCACCUCUGCCGUCCUGUUUGUGACUUCUUAUGGCGUUAACAAGGGAGACUCUCAAGUCAUUGCAGCAGCAGCAGCAGCAGCAGCAGCAGCCACACCACAUUAGAAGUGUACUCAGGGAUGCCAAACAUGAGGGAAAGCUAGACUGCACAGUUCCCCCAUCAUGCACCUCUCUUCAUGAGCAGGGCCUGCCCACAGCACUAGAGCAACGUAAGAGCGUCCUCCGAGCCGCUGCCAGUGAUCCAGGGAAACUUGUUUGGUGAUCCAGGUGCAUGAUCAGUGAUUAAUGGAAAGGGAGGCUGGGACCAGGGCCACCCUAAUCUACCGUCCACAUGGGCCUUCCUUGCCGAUGAACCGGGGGAGGGGUGAAGGGCAUGUGUGAACGUUGCCAGCCCCUUGUUUGCAACCACAGAGGAAGCCCGGAAAAUGGCUGUGCGUUUUCAUAGGUUCUGAUUUUGAAAUGUCUGUUUUGAUUUUCAUAAACUCUCCGUGUUUUUAGAUCCA